AUGGAAGAGGCGCGUAAGCGAAUUUCUGGAGAGCCUCAGGGUGUCCUCAACAGCUUAGAUCCACAGCAGUUUUCGUCUCAGAUCCCAGCGCCGAUUAACGGUCGAAGACGAAAUAGUACAGCGUCUGCUAUUGGCGGUGCAGGGUUAACAGAUUUGAUUAACAGAAGCCUGGCUAAAUCCAAACCAGAGAUUCCUAGACGGCCAUAUACAGACUCUCGGAAAAGUUUACGAUCAUCCCAAAGAGCCUCAUUACUCCCUCCCAACGGAUCUUACAACAGCGCAAACACCACAAACACCAAUAACAAGGAUCCACGACCGCUGCGCGACAAAAACUUCCAGAUCAUAAUUCAGCAGGAGAUUUAUGAUUAUUUACACGCUCAGAAAUUCGACGUUGAAGCAAAUCACCCAAUAUCUUUGAAGUCCCUGCGACAGCCCACACAAAAAGAUUUCGUGUUUAUCUUCAGAUGGCUCUACCAAAGAAUGGACCCAGGCUACAAAUUCAGCAAAUCAAUAGAACAUGAGGUAUAUGCUAUCCUAAGAACCAUACAAUACCCUUACCUCGAAACAAUAAACAAGUCACAAAUUUCGGCUGUGGGAGGGUCUAGUUGGCCUAAAUUUCUGGGCAUGUUGCAUUGGCUUGUCAAUACCAACAAAAGACUUGAUCUGUAUUUGCAAAAAGUGGAUCUCUCUCUAAUCGGCCAGAAUACUCAAGAUCUGACUGUGCUACGACAGCCGAUAGGAACAAUAGAUGAACAAGAAGACAAACAGGAAAAAUAUGAGCUUAUUGUUGAGCGAUUAUUCAUAGACUACAUUGUGAAUUCAUACAAAAGUUUUCUACGGCUUGACGAUGACUACGACGUUUAUAUGAAAGAACUCGAAUUGGGAUUCGAGAGGUUCGCCCAGGUUUUAAGGAGUGACAUCAACAACAUAGCGAUGUCUAAUAGUGAUCUGUCAGUCAAAUAUCAAGAUCUUAUGGAUAAGGGUCAGGAGGUCAAAGUAGCAAAGGACAAAUUUAACGCGCUGCAAAGCGAUUUGACGAAAUUUCAGAAUUAUGUGAGCGCCAUGCAACAUAAAAGCCAAGAGUGGCCCCGAAAGCUGGAGAAAAUGGAGACCGAAAAAGAAGUGAAAUCAGUACAACUGAAAGAAACCGAGAAUCAAAUUUCUGCUCUACGCGAACUCAUCAGCGGCAAGAACAUGGAAAUUGCUGAGGUCGAUAGGCUGAACACGGAGCGCGAAAGAUUAACUAGAAGUCUGGAUGUGGUAUCAAAUCAUAUGGACCAAACCGUUAGUUUAGUAAAAAGCCAAAAACUGGAAACAGAAAGUGCCUACAAAACUCUGGUGGAUGUCAGUGGCCAAUACGAAAAAGCAAUCGAGAGCCUCGUCGCAGCUCGCGCCAAUCUAGGCCAUCAGUUAAGUUCUGAGCUUAGUAAUCUCUCCCCUCUACAGAAAUUCUUGCAAGACUACGAUGUGGGACAAGUCGAAUCAGAGCGCAGUGUUCCCGAGGGAUUACACCUUCGUGAGAGCAUAAGACCAGUGCUUUUGGAGCUCAACAAUACGAUACAAAUACGCACACAGAAUUUGCAGCAAGAAAACGUUUCAUAUGAAGCACACUUGGAAAGUCUCAAGCAGGAGAUCAACGAUAAAACAAGAACUCUAGAGUCCUUAGAGCAUGAGCUGUCAGCAGCCAAAUCUCGUUACGACGAAUACGAACAAGAAAGUCACAGCCGAUUACUAUCUCAACGUAUUGAGAUAGAGAAGAUGGAGAGGAAGCUUCAAAACAUUAAAUACUCGUCACAUCAAAAGAUGGCUGAGGCAGAACAAAACGUCCAAAACACUAGACUUCAGUAUGAAGAGCUCAAGCUUUCCAUAAAUAGAGAAAAGAACGUUUUAUUCACCAAGGCCAUCCAUCUGAUCGACUACGUCAGCAACUUUAAAAUCGGCAUACAGUCCUCGAUUGAAGAUCUGGAGCAUCUCUCGAUUGAAGAACUUAACAGGGUAAAGUUUGGGUAA